GCCCCCGCGCUUCGGCCCUGCCGCGAGCUGGAGACCAACGACCAGGCCAACGCCGCGCCAUGCUGUCUCUCCUGCUUCUCCUGUUGGGCCUGAUUCGGCUGGCGGCUUUCUCCAGCCCGCAUUCUCAACUGUAUAUAACGGUGCCAUACUGGGUGGAGAACGAUGGGAAUGGCCAGGCGCGGGGACCACAGAUGACUUAUAUCAUCGAUAUUGAUCAGAAAAGCUAUACUCUACACCUUAAAAAACAGCCAGACUUAGACCAAGACUUCCAGGCGUAUUCCUACAAGUCAGGAAAACUGCAUGCUCACUCUUCCCUUCUGAAGGAUCAUUGUUUUUAUGAAGGAUAUGCAGCAGAAAGGCCAAAGUCAGUUGUGGUACUGAAUGCCUGUGCUGGACUCAGAGGAAUGAUACAGUUUGAGAAUGUCAGUUAUGUGAUCGAGUCAUUGGAAUAUAUCCCGACAUAUGUGCAUAUGCUUUAUCAGAUUAAAAAUAACAUACCACACUCCUCCUCACCAGCAAGUUACGUUGUGCCUCCAGCUCCACCUGAGUCCUACAGAACUUCUAUGAAACAGGAAAAACAGCCACUUGAUGAACUGUCAACCAGGACGCUGAAAAUACAAAUCAUUCUGGACAAAGGUUUGUAUGAGUAUAUGGGCUCUGAUAUGACAUUGGCAGCUGAAAAAAUUGUUUUUAUCUUUCAUCUUAUGAACACUAUGUUUUCUCAGCUUAAAAUGAAGAUUUUGCUAUCUUCUUUGGAGGCCUGGUCAGAUCAAAAUAAGAUUUCAACUAAUGAGGAUGCCGAUGAUAUAUUACAAAGAUUUUUGUCAUGGAAACAAAAUGUUUUGUUUCAAAGGUCCCAUGAUAUGGCAUACCUACUAAUUUAUAAAGCCCAUCCUGUUAAUGUGGGAGCAACAUAUCACGGAAUGGCCUGCAAUCCAAAGUUCUCUGCAGGAAUUGCCUUGUAUUCAAAGACAAUAACUAUAGAGGCAUUUUCAGUCAUUCUGGUGCAGUUGAUUGCGAUUAAUCUGGGAUUAACAUAUGAUAACAUCUAUAACUGUCACUGUCCAGGGACUACAUGCAUAAUGAAUCCUGACGCAAUAUAUUCCAUUGGGACAAAGUAUUUUAGCAGUUGCAGUGUGAAUGAAUUUAAGCAGAUAGUUUCACAACCUGAAUUUGAAUGCCUUCUGGAUAAAACAGUUUCAAAAGUGGUUUAUGAAGCACAAUCUGCCUCAUGUGGCAAUGGAAUUGUGGAAUCCGCAGAGCAAUGCGAUUGUGGCGUGGAACAGAUAUGCAAACACAAAAAGUGCUGUAAGCCUAAAGAGUGUGUACUGAUUGGAGAUGCUAUGUGUGGAAGCGGCCCAUGCUGUGAUCCACAAACUUGCACUAUAAUGGAAAGAGGGAAACUGUGUAGGAGAAGCAUAGACCAAUGUGAUUUUCCUGAAUUUUGCAAUGGAACAUCUGAGUUUUGUGUACCUGAUGCAAAAGCUGAUGAUUUUGAAGCAUGCAAUAAUAACACUGCAUACUGCUAUAGAGGAAGAUGCAGAGAUACAGAUGUUUUCUGUGAGGAAAUACAUGGAAAAUUUGCUCAGGGAGGUAUAGAUCUGUGUUCAAUGGAAAUAAAUUUUCAAAAUGAUGACUUUGGAAACUGUCAAGGGAGAGGAUGUUCUUUUAGUGACGUUAUCUGUGGAAAAGUAGUAUGUGAAUGGAAAAGUGCAGAAGUAAUAAAAACCUCAACACACAUCUACAACGUUCAGUACACUUACCUCAAAGGCCACGUAUGUGUGUCUGCACAAUUUAGAGUACCAGCACCUCCUGGAGCGAGUGACAGAAGCCAAGCACCUGAUGGUCUAAAGUGUGAAGAUGCUCGGUUUUGUCUUAGAGGAACUUGCAGGGCUGUGGCCGAAUAUGCCAAUAAAACACUUUGUAACUCAGCUAUUAAAUGCCAGGGUCAUGGGGUUUGCAAUAAUUUUUUUAAUUGCCAUUGUGAUGUUGGCUAUGCUCCUCCAUACUGUGACCAAACACCAUCAUCCCCUGGAGGAAGCAUCGAUGACGGGUUUUGGUAUUCAACAGACAAAAUGACACCCUUGGAACCUAAGCAACGACGACGUGCUUCUCCUAAAAAAAAGGGCCUUUUAGUUAGUCUCUUUGUUUCUCUACCUUUCUUCGUUUUAACUGCAAUUUUUGCCCUCAAAUGGAAUAAAAUGAAGCAUCGCUGGUACAAAGCAGGAACCAUAAGUGAAAACUCUAUAUCAGAAGACAGCAGUGAAAACAGCAACCAGUCAUACAGUGAAGCAUCGAGUACAGCAAGCUAAAAGAAAGCCGUAACGAGGCGGCGAGCACUGUGGGGAGACCCGUGGUCCACUGGCCUGACCGUCUUGCCUUUUCUCCUUUCGUUAUGGCGUAAAGCUUUCGAUCCACAAUCUGAAUAAAGCCUAUGAGGAGAGCCUUCCGGCCUGACCCUGUGCAUCUCCCAGCGGCCGUCGCCCUCCAUCAGGAAGCGAGAGGCCAUGCUUUCCCUGGACGGUUGUCACGUCCCAAGGUGACGAGGUCCCCUCAUCUCAUCCGCUGCACCCCAGACCCCAGGCCUCUGCCAAGUGCCCCAGCUACAGGGCAGACCCCACAGCAGUGCCGCUCCCGGGUCAGGGCUCCCCCGCGCAGACUUGGCCGCCUUGGUGCUAUGGGGGGGGGGGGUCCCCCGACAGCCCCAGGGGCCCCGGACAGCCCCGGCAGCCUUUCAACUUAAAGCCCUGGCUCAGACUGAGCUGCGGCUGGGCAGAAUGCACUGCCUUUCCCCGUGGGUCUUCCAUGGCCCUCCUUGUAAAAGGAGCUUUAAUCCGUUUCCUGACUCUUUAGUGGUCCCAGAAUUGCCCCCCUGCCUUCCUUGACCAGAGCUCUUCCAGAUAAGGUUUCCCUUCUCAGCCCUCAUCCUUUGAGGAGACAGAUGCACUUCUGCAGCAUUACUCAAAAGGCAUUACUCAUGGAUGACGGAGCCCUCCAUCCACCUGGAGCCUGACUAGAACUUCACUGUCUCCUUCAAAAAACACAGAUGCUCCUGGGAUAGGGGAGGAAGAACUUCACUGCAUAAGCUCAGAGUUUCCUUUCCCAAGUGUAUAUCAACUGACUGACAGAUAAACCAAUGUGGUGAAUCCAUAUAGGAGAAUAUUAUUUAGCCAUGAAAAUCAAUGAAGCUCUAAAAGUGGUAAAAUAGGGAAAACCCUAAAGCCACCAUGCUAAGUGAGUAAGCCAGUCACGGAGACCACAAAGCCUGUUUUUCGUUUGUGUGAAAUGUCUAGAGCAAGGACAUCUCCACAGAAAAAAUUAGUUUGCUAGUUUUUCUACUGAUAGUGAAGGUUGGGGGUGAAGACAAGGAGAAGGGUCUUAGCUCAUCCCCCAGGGUAGCACUGAAGUGUUGGAGCAAGUUGUACUGGUUAGGUAACGACUGUGUGUUUGGCUGCGUGUGCUCACAGUCAUUCUGUAGUACAGACAGGUCACAAUGCGGCCAUCUAGAGAACACAGACAAACUCUACCUCCCAAGAGACAAAACAAAACAGCUCGGGGGAUUAAAGACUUAAACAUAAGAUUUGAACCUGGACAAAUAUUUUAGAAAGGACAAAGGGGAGAAUGCUACAUACUCAUUCUGGGCAGUGAUGUCCAAUAUUUAAACAUUAUAAAAACAGCACAGAAACUAGACAAAAGUGAACACAUCAAAGUACAGAGUUCUGCCACCAAGGCGACAGUUAAUACAGUGAAUGGGAAACUCGGAAAAAAGCAAAAACAACUUGUUUUUAAAAGAUUAAAACGUCCCCUCACAUCUUUUAGAGAGGUGUUAAAAAAUUAUAUAGAUAUCAGCAACGAUGUGGACAAAAUGGGACCCUACACUGCUGCUCAUGAAUGCUAUGUAAAUAGAACCAAAGGUCACGCACUCCAUGGUGUCUGCGUUCUUUGCAAAAGGCAAUUCAAAACAAACUAGAUGUCUGCCUGUAAUAACCAUUUAUAUCUCUUACAGUAUGUAAUGUGCACCACAGUGUAGGGAUAAUAUCAAAGUUCCUGAUACCAUUUUUGUGACUUUUCUAGGUAAAAUUUGGGGGGAUAGCUACACAGGAAUAUGAUAUGAUGCCAUAGGAGAAUUUGUUGCCUAAGGAACUAUUGAUAAGACGUUUGCAAAAGUCAUACCAAUUUGCUCUCCUAUUAGUAAUGUAUGAAAGAGGCAUCUCCUCUAAAAUGAUGACUAUUGAUAAAUUUUUAAAAGUCUUAGCUAUUCUUCUUUUUGUGUAUUAAUAUCAUAGUUAGGUUUACUAUCCAUUUAGUAACUAAUGAGUUUAGGCAGAUUUUCAUAAUGGUAUUUGCCAUUUGAAUACUCUCUUAAGAAUAUCUAGAUCCAUAAAACAGACUGGCGUGAGUCUUUCUCGUGGACUCCAGACCUCCAGUUGGACUCGUGGGAGGCAUUGUCAUGGCAAUAGGUUUUCAUCUGGACUCAUGCAGGACAUUGCUGUGGGAUUCAGGCCUUCGGCUGAAUUUUCUGGGUCUUUAGUGUUAUGGACAGAUUUCCUGCAUUUUCUUGUGUUUAACUCUGGGUGACCAUCAUAAAAUAAUAUUAUUUUUUAAAAGAAUAUAUAAUUUUUCCACUUGCAUUUUCACUUUUUUUCUUACUGCUUUAAGAAUUCUUUAUGUAUUCUGAAUGAAUAUUCUGUCAAUAACUGUACUGAUGUCUUUGCUCAACCUGUGUUUUGUUUCCAUAUUCAUUCAAUGGUAUCUUUUCAUAAGCACGCAUUCACAAUGAAGGUAAGUCAACUUCGUGAGUUCUAUCUUUAUCGCUUUUAUAUUAAAGAAAUAUUUCCUUAAACCAGUAAUCAAGUUUUGCCUGCCUCCAUUUUAUUUUAGAAUUUCUUUUCACUUACUUAGAUUAAUAUUUGGGGGAUUUUAAGCUGUAUUUUUCUAACUUGUGUCUAGUUUUGAUCUUCUAGGUAAAAGAGCAUAAUUCUGGAUGAUGUCAAUUCUUUGAUCAAAAUUUGUUAUUUUUAUGGCUAAUAUAUGGUUAGUUUUGUACAAUCUCAUGUAUACUUGAAAGAAUAUAUUUUAUCCUGAUCUUUUUAUAUUUACUCUCUGUACAUGUUAAAGACAGCAAACAGAUAGUGAACCGUGUUAAGACUCCAAUCCUUGCUGUGUUUUGUCCUAUGGUUAUAUUAAUAACUGAGAAAGCUAUGUUAACUUGCUAACUUCUAUUCAGGGUGUCUUAAUCUCCUUAAAUUGUGUUGAUCUUGUUUUCUAUUUUUUGAUCUUAUGCAUUAGUUUCUAGCUAAAGUUAUAUCUUCUUUAUAUUUACUCUUGUUAUACAGUACUAUGUAGAAAACAAUAUUUCUGUAUGACAGUCUUUCAUAUUCAUAAAUGGACAUACUUAAAUAAGGAUUGUAUUUAUUUCCUCAACUCACAAGAAUUUAUUUCCUCUAUCUAACACCUAUCCAAUGCAGUAUAUUUUUCAAACAAGGAAAACAUUUUAUAUGGAAUAUAUUUCAUCUUUAAUUAAAUGACAUGUAGUGACUUUUAUAGUACUUUUAUUAACAUGAAUAAGCAAUGCAUAAUUUUAUGACAUUUGUAACAGUGAAUAAGCUACAAAAUUUUGUAAGAUUUGGUUAGAUUCUUUUCAGUGUGUAAAAUUGACAAUACUACAAAAUAAGAAUUUUCCAGAUGCUAAAGAAGUAAAAAUACACAGUAAGUCUCCAAGUUUAAUUUUCUAUCAUCUCAAGAGCUUGCCAAGUCCAAGAAAUGUGUUUAAAACUUUUAUCAUGAAAAGAUAUCUUAUGCGUUUAGUGAAUUCAUCUGAUUGUAUCAUUCAGCUAAGGAGAAUUAACCAAAUGUAUUGAUUUUUAUAUGUUUAUAUGUUGAACUAUCCUUGAUGCCACAAGACAAAUCUUUCUUGAUACAUAGCCUUUUAUUUGCUAAUAUGUGAUUGAGAAUAUUUACAUUGAUGUUCUUCACAGAGACUAUUUACUUACAGUUUCCUUGGCUAGGUUUGUAUACAACUUACAAACUCAGUUUGUUUGUGAGGGCUGCCUGUAAUUCAAGUUGGUUGUAAGUCAACACUAUUUUUCCUAUAAGAAAUAAUGGAAAUACCAAUAAUUCAUUCAGAACCUCCCAAAGCAACCCUUAACUAGACUUCUGAUAAUAAAAAGAUAUAUAAUGUGUGUUGUUUACCAAAAACACCAACACUUUUCCUAUUGUAUACAGCAAAAAGUUGAACAUUAACUUGGAAGUAUUCUGUAAUUAGCACCACCUGGUCUGGUAGCUGAGAUUGGCAUCUGUUGCACAGAUGGAAGACCAGAACAUCUGGACCCAUUCCUUCCCAGCAUGCUUUUGUUCUUUCCAUGCAUUCUUCCUACAGGACUCAUUUCCCUGUGAAUCCUUAUUAGCUAAGCAACUAUACUUGUAAUUCUAUAAGGUGAUAGUAGUGUGACCCACACUGUACCCACGUUAUGACUUUCCUGUAUAAAUUACCCCUAACAAAGGACCUUGGUGACAGCCUACUUGGCACCCCUCCUGUCUCUCAGGAGCUAUCGCUCAAUAAACUUUUCCUACUCUUA